GUGCAUCUCACCGAGCCUCCAGUCACACCAUCACAGCCAGCGUGAGUGGACUUCAGACACGUAUUCCAACUGCUUUUGGCACAUUUUAUAAUAAAGAUGCAGAGUGAAAACGAUUCGGUGUGGGUCUAUGACCACUGCAAUAUCGAGUUGGACUUUGCGUCUCGGCGUAUUGGCCUGUUCCUGCUCCACCUGGUCCUGUUCAUCGUGGGUGUGGUCCUGAACCUGACGGUGGUCUGGGUGAACUGGCAUCGACGCCGCACACGUAACACCGUGAUAUUCUGUAUCCUCAACAUGGGCGUGGCCGACUCCAUGCUUAUGCUCCUCUUACCCAUCUCCAUGCUUGAAGUGGCUUUGGAUCACGUUUGGCUUUGGGGUGAUUUCCUGUGUCGCUUUGCAAAUUUAAUCGUCGUGGCUAACAUCUAUGCUAGCUCAUUUUUCUUAGCGUAUAUAUCUGUCGAGCGCUACCUGUCGCUGGCACAAGGAACAGCACCAAAAACAACAACCAUUUCAGAAAAAAGUAAGAGGAACAUUGUUUGUGUGGCACUCUGGAGUUUUGCUUUGUUUCUUGGCUUGUUAGAAACGGUCCAUGUUCGAGUUUUAGGAUCGAGUGAACCGGGAUGUUUCUUGGUGCCUGAACAUGACUAUGAACAGUGGUUUAGUGCCCUAGUUAUUAUCCAGCUUGUGGUACAAUAUGUAAUUCCAUCUGUGAUUAUGGUGACUUUUAACACGCUAACAGCCCGAGCUGUGAGAUCAUCUUCUGAGGUUCAGAUCCAUAACAUCGAGGACAUUUGGUUCCUGCAUUUUUAUUCCACAGUCUUUAUCAUUUGCUGGCUUCCUUUUCAGAUCACUAUGAUCCUCGUUUUGGUGGAUAUGGUACAGCCUCAUUUAUUUGACUGCAAUGCAGUCGAGCAGAUCUUUUUUUCCUUUACCAUCGUAAGAGUAAUCGCAUUAAUCCACUGUUUGGCUAACCCCAUCCUUUACAGUUUUCUGAGCCGGAGCUUCCGUUGCAAGCUUAUUAACCUCAUCUUGAGCCAUUUGCCACAAGACAUUGUUGCUAAUCAAGGAGCAGGUCAACAUGCUAAUCGAGUUGAAGGUGUGGAAAAUGAAAAGAAGGCAAACAAUAUGGCUGAAAACAACACCAGCCAAUCAGAUGAAGGACCUUAAAAAAAGGACUGGUCCGGAUUCAAAGGCUUUUUUUUUUUUUUACUAUACGCUGUGUUCAUUAUACAAUAUAUAUAAAUAUACAGCCAUGAGACUAGAAGAUAAUUAAAGAUGUCUCAUGGAGAUCAAUAAAGUGUGUUAUGUACACAUGUUGCGAAUAAGUAAUGAGCUAUCAAACCUGACUACUUCACAACCUUGGUUUAGUUCUCUAUACACCGAUAAGAACAUCGUGUAACGAAUGCACCAGACACUAGUGGGCGCUCUUUUCCAAUUUAAAUGUCUAAACACGCAGUAAGUAUUUGUGACAUAACCUCAACCUCUCGCUCAUCCAAAAUAGAAAAACCUGCAGUGAUUUUAAAGAAUAAAAUAAAUCUGUUGUUCAGUGAAUUCAGCAUUUUCCCAGUAAUCAGUUCGAUUCAUCUACAAAGUUUAAACAUGAACUAAAAUGACUUAGUGAGUGGAAAUAACUUUAUAAUUCAAAAUGAAGCACAACACGUUUGAACAGUAAUGCACACGAUAUUUGAUACUAAUUCCUUUUUCUUAUUAUUUUGUUUUGCCAUUUUAUAUUUUCCAUAACAAACAGAUGUUACAGCUGUUAGUGGGAGGACAUAAUGACAUAGCAGAUGACAUAAUAAAUAUCCACUUUGUCACAGUAACUGUAGAAAAUAUAAACUGUAGAUAAGGUCCAAUACAUUUGAUCCUUCUUUAUUGUUCUUCAGUUUAAAAAAAAAUGGGCAAAUAUAUUUUUUUCAAUAAAUUUCUUCAUAUGA